AUGGCGGGACGGCCCAUCCCCAAAGAUGUGAAGAAGCAGUGUCAAAAGGCCACAGUCAAAAACACCGACAUGUCCAAUGAGAUGAAAACGGAAGUGGUCGAUAUCAUUGCAGGUUCCAUCGACAAGUUCACGCUGCCCACGGGCGUGAACUUCGAGGGCGCCACCAGAGCCAUCAAGGAUGCGUUGGACAAGAGUUAUGGCUUCAAUUGGCAUUGUGCCAUGGGCAAGGGGUUCUGCUUCGAUGUGACCGCACAGAACGGCACAUUGAUGCACUGUUACUACCAGGGUGAGCUGGCGAUCCUGGUGUAUAAGUGCUGA